AUGGGUCGCUUGAACGUGGACACUACAGUUGGAGGAAAUCACCAGAGAUAUUCAUUUAUGGAAACACCCCUCGAAAUGCACCCAUCAUCUCACCAAAAGGACCUACCAUCACCUCCCCCAGCGGACCAGACUGCGUCCCCGCACCAUCAUGCAGGAGAGGAACCCCCGAAAGAGCGACAGCGAGCAUGGUCAUAUGCACCGAGUGAGAAAGAGCAAUUUCAGAACCAGGGAAUAAUCCCAGACUAUGCCAACUGUCCGCCGCUUGAGCAGCACCCAGCCAAUUAUGCGCCUUUGGUCCAAAACCAGCAGCAGCAUCAGCAAGAACAGCAGCAGCAACAACAACAACUACAGCCACAGUAUAACACUUCGAUGUCUCCUCAGACGUACGCAAUCGCGCCCGAGCACCACCAGCAUGCCGCUCAAGUUUAUGCCCAACCCUAUACAACUCAGCCGUAUACAAACAUAACCGAACAACAAAGUCACACAAUGUCUCCUCAGGCAUAUGCGAGCCACUCGUACACAAAUAUACCAGAGCAACAGCAGCACCAAUGGCACCAACAGAUCGGCAUGACCAUUUCACCCCAGUAUGCGAACAUACCCGAAGCACAGCACAACACCCCGAUGUCUCCCAACUCAUACGCGAGUCAUCCGUAUGCGACACAGUCCUACACCCACAUCCCGGACCAACAGCCCGGCAUCGAACAACCCCAGCAAUAUGCCUCGUAUACCGAACCCCCCAGUUCGCCGCCCAACUCACCAGGACCCCUGCCGGUGAAGGUAAAUCCCGAAGCUCCAACACGAACCGAAACCCUUCCCAUUGCCCCGGACGAAAAAUCCCUUACAGUCGCCCAAGUCACCGUAUUUCCCUCCACCUACCAGGGCGACAACGUCGCACGCUCCCCAACCAGAUGA